UCUUCUAUCUGCGAUCAUCAAAAUAUUUGCCUCCUCAUUGCUAACUCAAUUGCUGGUUACCUUUUUGUUAAUCGUGAAUUCGCUGAUAUUCAAAGCACAGAUUUUUCUGAGUUCUUUUAUCCAUCUUUUAAUUUAGUUCUCCAAUUAUUGUUCAUUUAAUCGUCAACUUUUUUGCUUUCAAGCAACUCUGAUCAAAUGGCAGAAACGAAAGAUGCCCAUGUCGUAGUCGAAAUCCCUGUAGACGAAGAGCAUCAGCAGAAGCUCAUCUCUGCAAUGAGCACAACAUCUUCAGCCAUACAACACCAUCCAUUAAUGGAGAUCUCCCAAAGCCCAGGCCAUCUCUUGCUUCUCAAGCUCUGGCAAAGAGAAGAAGAUCUUUUUGGCCGCAAAAUUGCCAUAAAAGAAUCCAGAUUGGAUAAUAUUAGAAAAGAAAUAUUUCAGCUGUGUUGUUUUUACUUUAUUUUUCAUGGGCUAUUCUUAACAAUUUCAUUUACAUCUUAUAAUUCAGACGAGAACCAGCACCGUAAUAUGUGCCACAGAUGGUGGAUCCCAUCUGUUUUGAGCAUGUGUACUUCUCUAGUUGUCGUGUUUUUGGUUCAGAUGAAGCUUUUCAGGUACUGGAAAGUGACUAAUCAGUUGCAGAGAGAGAAGAACGAUAAUCGAACACUUACAAGAUGUAUUCAAGAGCUGAGGAUGAAGGGGGCUAGCUUUGAUUUGUCUAAGGAGCCCCAGAAUGGAAAAAGAAUGAAAAGCUCUAGUGUGGAGAUCAAAUGGAAGCCCCUUUCUUCGCUCUCUCAGUAUCUCAUUACCCUUUGCCUGGUUUGUUUUGCAGGCUUGAUCUUCCCCACCAGCAGAUUCAUCCUUUGUGCUUAGUUACUUCCCUCCAUUCAAGCACAUGGAGCGCCACAGAAUCCAUAAGAUACAAGAGUUUAAAAACAAAACGGUUAAAAGGAAGAAAUCAUUAUCUCCUAUUCAUUAGCCAAGACAUAGUCCUACUUUUCAGAAUCAAGAGCUACGAGGCUUGUAAUCAAUUUUGCAUUGCUUAUACACAUUGGGGGUCCAUCUCUUCAAGGGGGUGAAGCAUCCUGGUCCGAACGUUACUGAAAUAUCCACGUCCAGAGUGUCUCGUCAAGCUUCUUGUACCGCAUGCUUUGAUCAAUAAUUACAUGCAUUUUGCUGCUGAUAACGGUCGCUUAGAAGUUUACCUUUGGUGGUGUUCUACUGAUUUGGAUAAGAAACCUCAAAAGGUAGAGGCAACAACUGGUCUCCAACAGUUCACUUCCUAGUGGUUAUUUUGGGUCACACAGCAGGUGCUUCUUCAAGACACUUUUGUGUUUGCAAUUUGCAGCACUCAGAUCAAGUUUCAAAUGCAGUUUUUGCAACACUGCUUGUGUUCGAGUCUGUUAUGCAAAGGGAAGGUCCGCUGAAAUUAAGUUGAUAUUUUAUUUUUAUGA